CCCUCGUGACCGUGAAAAUAUCAAUAGAAUAAAACAAUAAUUCCCUAUUUGCGGUUUUUGUUUUUUUUUCCUCUACUUGACUGAACUGUAGGGAAUUAAGGGUGGUUUGACUGUAGGCUGUAGCAUACAGUUUUCAGAAUGGCAAUCGAAUAUGGAAACUGAAAAUGGAAAAAAGGGCUGAUCCAAUGAUUGAAACUCUGGAAUGGUGGUAACCUGUGGAUUUAUGUUAUCAUUUUUUAUUUCUGUUUGGCCCUUUACUGGAAUAUCUGGGUUUUUUAUAUUCCUGCGAUGUGCUUUUCUAAUCUUAACGCGAGAAAACUAUGACUUCGAUACUUGAAGAUGAAUUAAUAGUUUCCUUUAACACUUCCCAUAAAAAAUCGAACUUCAUUUACAAUUUUGGAUAAACUAAAUAGAAUAUGAAAACUUAAAAAACCGUAUCAUAGAAAUACGUCCAAUCAAGCAAGAAAAAAUCUUAAAAUGCAGAUUCCAUCAUGGUAUAUAACAGUUUUAGUAAAAUACCCGCAACUCGUUUUAUUGUUGAUUACUGGUUUUACAGUGAUAUGUGUAAUUUUGCCAUUUUUUGUAAAUGACAUGAGACUACCAAAAUUUCAAGAUCCCCAGUUGGGAUUUUCGACCAGAGGUACAGAAAUAUCAGCCACUUUGAUAGCAUGGGAAAACCUACAAAAAGAAUUAAAGCCAUCUGGUAGUCUAACAAAGAAUCCCAAAGAGUAUCUGAUGAUCAGGAAUAGGACCAGUCCCAUUAAUUCGAAAGAUCCAUACUUUAGAACUCGAGGCACAAGAAGAAAGCAAAAAUCUCUAGGAACUAGGGAUAGCAAAACUGAGCAAGAUUUUAUAAAUGAAACAGUUUAUGGAAAAGUAAUAAAAACUGAGAAGAAUGCCAUGAUAAUGCCGGAAGUAUCUAACAAGUGGCAAGUCAUUCAGAAUUUGACUGACACAAUCCCUAGUUAUAAGAGCCUCAAUUAUCACAAACAGUUUUGUGGCUCACCAGAUGAAAAAUAUUCCCAUUUAGUAAUUUCAACACCGAAUAAGGAAAACUUAUUUAGCCAUAAAAACCUAUUAUCACUAUGCAGAUUAGAAAAUGUUUUAAUGAGCUUACAUAGUGUGCCGCAACUCUGCAUUUCCAACACAGAGGUUGAAGGAGAAUGCUGCAAACCCUGGUCAUUAGCUAAUUACAUCGCUGCACUUUUUGGACGAACUUCAUGUUUACAGAUUACGGAAAAGGAUGUUAAGCGGACGUACCAACUUCUUAAAAAGUGCGCCGGAUUUUAUCAUCGCAAUGAACUUAAUACUAAUUGUUUUAAAAAGAAGCACUGUGAUAUUCCUGUAAACUGCCUAAAGCACGACGCAGUUGUGAACAUUCUCAGUUUUUUGUCUGGCAAGACUUUCUUUCCUGCAGAGACAUUUAUGAAUGACUCGCAAAUUCUCGAGGAAACUAUUUUAUUCUUUCCGAUAGCUGCAAGCAUUGCCAGCGUGUCCUUCUAUAAGGAAAUUGAAGAAAAACUUACCUCUAAGAAGUUUGAAGGUCUGCUAAUAGUAGCGGCGGAUUUUGGAAUUAAAAGUAUGCUAUUCGACGAGUACUUAAAAGAGGAUGCGCGAUUUAUGGCUCUGGCAGGAUUAAUCAUAUUUAUAUUUAUCUGGUCUUACACUGGAUCUUUCUUUUUAACAGUUAUGACUGGCGCAACUAUAUUUAUUCAGCUGAUUGUGGCCUAUUUUUGCUAUGAGAUGAUAUUCAAAAUACCUUUUUUUCCAUUCAUGAAUUUGUUGGCAAUAAUUAUAUCAUUAGGAAUUGGAGCAGAUAGUUCAUUUAUUUUAUGUAAAAUGUGGCAUGUGAAGAAAAAUGAUGAAGCUAAUGACAAUGAUGUCCAUGAAAUAUUGACUGGUACGAUUAAACAUGCUUUUAAAUCAAUGUUUGUUACCGCCUUGACAACGGCCGUAGCCUUUUGGGGUUCUUAUGUCAGUACUGUUACUGCUAUUAGCUGCUUUAGUAUAUUUGCCGGGACUGCAGUUAUAUUAAAUUAUCUCUUAAUGAUUUCCUGGAUUCCAGCCUGUUUAGUUAUUUGGGAAAAGUCAUGGCUCUCUCACUCCAUACAUCCGGUUUGUUUUGUAAUGUUCAGCCAAUUGUUCUGUUGUUUUAAAUCGCAAUGGACUAUGUCACCUGUAUUUGGAAAAUGUCUCACUGCUUUAUGGAAUGGAAAAAAGGAGUUACUUAUCCAACUAAUCAUAAAGUUAAGAUAUUUUUGGAUCCUAAGUUUUACUAUUCUGGGAGCAACAAGCGGUUUCCUCGUGUUUGUGAAACCGGGAAUUGGCCCACCGGUAACAGCUGAAUUUCAACUUUUUCGAUCAGAUCAUCUAUUUGAGAAAUAUGAUUUUGAAUACAAAAACAAGUUCUUAUUUAAAACCGGAGGGGAAGACAUGACCAACAGAGAUUUCCCCAUGCCGUUACGAUUUGUAUGGGGUGUUUUACCAAUAGAUAAUGGAAAUCCGUUGGACCCUUCAAACUUGGGAACUUUAAUAAUGGAUCCAGAAUUUAACGCCACCGAUCUAGAAUCGCAAAGUUGGUUAAUGGAUUUUUGUAAUAAGAUAAAGUCCCAACCGUUUUAUCAGCCUAUGGUAAUAGGUGUGUCGCUAACCAGUUGUUUUCUUAAAACAUUUGCUGAUAGCAUGAAGCAGCCGUGCCAUGAUAGAUUAUCAAAAAAAGAUAGAACUCCCUGUUGUAAUGUGUCCCACUUCCCGUUUGAACGUGAAGUUUUUAAUUACUGUAUCAUGGAAGAAAUGGAAGAUAUUUAUAAUGGACCAGACAGAUUUGUAUAUCCAAAAACAGCCGGAGCCAUGUUCUCCAAAGAAGACAAUCCUGAAAUUAAAGCCAUUGUAGUGGAGUUUGAUAGUAAUGUAACUUUUUCAUUAUCAUACGAAAAAGUUAAUAAAUUUUAUCUCGAGUUAGAAUCUUGGAGGAAACGCCAGAUGAGGACAGCUCCAUUUUCUAUGAAGAACGGCUUUUUUGUUAGUGAGUUAGGAUUUUUCGACUUACAGCGCGAAUUAAGUAGAGGUACCCAAACAGCAAUUUUCGUGUCCAUGGUUCUGGCCACAGUUGUGCUAAUAAUUUCCACUCUGAACCCUAUUCUUACGGUUGCUGCUAUCGUUACCAUAACCUUUAGUAUUUUAUCUACUAUAGCGGCUUUAAUACUUUUCGGUUGGAGUCUAAAUAUUUUGGAAUCUCUAGCAAUUUCAUCUGCAAUCGGGUUAUCUGUUGAUUUUAGUUUGCAUUAUUGCAUAAAUUAUAGAAUUUGCCCACGAGAAAUGGCUGGGAAUCGUGAGCAGAUUACACGAUAUGCCCUUUCCUGUUUAAUGGGCCCGUCUUUUAUGGCAGCACUAACAACUGUGGCCGCCGGGUGUUCUAUGCUAUUUUCGAUAAUAUUACCAUAUUACCAGAUAGGAUUAUUUCUAGUAUUAAUUAUGACAAUAAGUUGGACUUAUGCAACGUUCUUUUUGGGGUCUCUUUUGGCUACCAUAGGACCACAAAACAGUUGCCAAUAUACUUACAAAGCAUUAUUUCGAAAUGCUUUUUGUAGAGAAAAUAAAUCUACAACACUACCGAACUGUGAUUCAACACAAAAUAGAUCCACUGUUUCGGAAUUAGACAGGGUUUCUUUUAUUAAGCGAGAUACAUCACAGCCGUUGAAAAAGAAAACAUCAUUUCUUAAAGACUCUGCUGUCAGAUAUACGGUUGAGAAUCAAAUUAAUGAUCAAUCUCCUUCCAGCAAUGUUACAAUCAUAAUGGCAGAGGAUAAUUAAAGUUUAUUUGAUAAUAAUAGUAAUAAGCUCUCAUAUCUAUCAGAAGUAAAUUAAUUUUGAUAUUUACGAACUAUUUUACAAUACUUUUUUUAAAAGUCACAUCUUUAUUUCACUAUUUCUUAUUUUUACAAGUCGAAAAUUAGUUAUAAAAAGAAAGUUAAUUGUCAAAAAUCGAGGGCAGAGCAAUUAUUUUUUGUCAACUUGCACUUGUCUUUCUAUGGAUGUCUAAUAGUUUGCUUUUAGAACUCUUUUGAGUAUAACAAUAUAAUAGUGAAAGAUGAUAGAUAUUGAUGAUGUAUAUUGGAAAACUAUUUAGAUGUACUAUUUGUUUUUUAGAUAUUCCAAACGUCAAAUGGCGUAUUUUCAUUAGGAACUAAUUGACCUGCCCUCGAACAUUUCCAAAAAUUUGGAAGCAACAUAAAAAAUAAAAGAAAGUAUUAUGAUGAUAAUAAUGUCCCUAUUUUGCCAGUAUUAUAUAAUAGGAAAUACCUUUUAGAAACAAUAAAUAUUUUUUAUAAAACGUUUUUCAGUAUAAUAAUAAUUCUUAUUAGUAAUUCUUAAAAAAAAAACAAAUAUAGCAAAGUUUUUAUUUUAUAAAUUACAUCUUAGUAAGAGACAAUUAUUUUUGAAAUAAGAUAUUGCAAAUUAACGGUAUUUAAAUUAGUUUUUUAUUGCGAUAUAAUUCUAAAGCACUUUGUUCGCAACAAAAUAUAUAUUUUAUGUCAAGAUUAUUUUUCUUUUAACAUUACAGUGGCUAAAAAAGUUACUGUUCUGACUGGCAUAAUUGUUUUGCUCUUUGAUUUUUAUUAGUUCUCGCGUGAAGAUCACCCCUGAUCAAAGUACCCUUCUGAUAAAGUAGUUAUUUUGAAUUAUUUAUGAAUCAUUAUUUUUAUCAUUUCACCUUUAAGUAGUCGCGAGACGGCAAUUUAAAUUCAAGUGAUUAUCCAAUCAUCCAACUAUUAGUUUAGUGAUCUUGAAAAUUUACAAGCACUCGAAAUUUUAUAAUAAACUGAUCUAAUACGCCGAUCGGCGCAUACAAAUGGCGUUCCAGUAAGAAGUUUCAGAUGUUGGUAAUGAAUAAAAUAACAUGUUUCUAACAUACCUGCAAGUUAUUUAGAGCAGUGUCUAGCUGGACAGUGUACAAUUAUACGUGGCCACCACGACUUCUCCGGCAGCACAUAAUUCUUUUGUUGAAAUUUUCCAUUAUUUCUAAAUAUAUUUCUGAGGUACACGAAUUAUUCGUCUAAUUUCUUCUUUCAGUUAUUGAAUGGUUUGAGGAUUGUUUUCGUAAGCUUUGCUUUUUAUAUGGCCCCACAAUUAAUGAUCCAGUGGUGUCAAUUCGUUUGAUCGUGCUGGCCAAUUUACGUCCCCUUUACUUAAGGUAAUCCUCCCUCCAAACCCUGUAUACAAUAAUUUAAUGUGUCUCGUACAGUAUGACAUGUCGCAUUAUCUUGUUGGAAGCAUAUCAUUAAAUUCAUGUUCAUUAUCUCAUUCCAUAAUAAACCAUCAAUCAUUGUUCGGUAUCGCUCUCCAUUGUAACAGGUUGUUCGUCUUCAUUUUUUAAAAAUAUGGUCCAAUGAUACCCCCAAGUCAAAAACCGCACCGAACUGUGACAUGCUGAGUAAGUAUUGGCUUUUCGUAGAUUUGUCUAGGAUUUUCAUUGCUCUAGAUAGGACAAGUUCUGCUAAUGGCUAAAUUUUGCUAACGCCUUUUAACGGACAUUUGUGAUUUUUCAGCCACACUUUCACACAACAGUUGCACUUGCACAGAUCCGGUAGUUUCGAAAUUAUGCGAAUGGUUACUUCUGAGGAACGAUUGCGUACACCAAAGUAACGAAUUCGGCGACUGAACACCCCUUUUGAAAAUAUUUUUUAAUAACGUAAACACGUUGUUAGAUCGUAUAGUGCUACUUUUUUAAAAUUGUACUGAAUUCCCCAAUGAAAUAAAAACCAAAUAACAUAAACAAAGUUUUAGAUGAGUAUACUAGCAAAAAAAAAACAUUCGAAACCUCUUAUUUAUUAUAUUGGGAAAAGGACAUGAAGGCCUGUUGCUCUUUUUUUCUGAAAAAGUUGGCUUGAGGAUUAGCAAAGCCCUGUUGAUGGAAAGAAACGACGACUUACAAAGUGCGAGAAAAAUUUGAAUACGACUUCAAAGUAAUUUUCAAGAAAGUCUCGAGAAAAACCGUCAGAUCGUCAGAUGGUUCGAAGAAAUGAUGCAAUAUUUGUCCCACAUCAAAAAAAAUAAGCUUGGUAGAGUAAGUUAAUUCGUUUACCAGACGCAUCUUUUCCAAGGACGUUAAAGAAACUUUGCUAUAUCUAAAUUACUAUAAAAAAUCAUUAGGAUUUAAUUUAUAAACAGAAUUCCUAUAUUUUUCCUUUAUUUGUAAUUUGUUUAGUGUUUUCAUUCUACUAUAGUUUUUUUUGUAGAAAUUUUUGUUUUUAAGUUUUAUUUUAUUCAACCAUUUAGAUUAAUGUAUUUAUUUUAACAAUAUUAUAAUAGUGUAAUAAAAAGGAAAAUGAAAGAUCACUAAAAAGAUGCAAAAAUUGCCUGUCCUACGUUGACGUCAUAUGGUGCCGCGCGACUACUUAAAGGUUUAAUAAUCUGGGAUUUAUAGAAAAUUACAUUUAAAUGUCAUAUUUAUGCCGGCAUUAAUAGGCAAAAUUGCCAGUCCUGAUGCAGACUUACGUUUUUUUAUUAAUUUUGUUUAACUUCAGAUACCUAAAUUUAUUCACUAAGAGUCUUAUUUAAAAUAAGGUUUUUAACUUUUAAGCGAUUCAAAGCAGGACUUCUCAAAGGUGAAGAUAAUAUGUUGAAGAGUACACGUACUUAAAAUUACUUUAAAAUCGCCAUGACAAAACCACGGUUUUCAUACUGCAUUUAAAACUGUUUUAUUGUGAAACUUUAAGUUUUAUAUAGAUGUUGAUGUUUCAGUAUCCAGAAUUAUAAUAUGUACGUAUAUAUAAAAUAUUCAAAUAUGGACAAUAGUGUCUCAAUCGUUUCAAAUUUUAAAGUAUAAUUCGACUUUUUGUUUGUGAGCUACAUAUAUCGCCUAGACUUUAGGCAAGAAUAUUACAUUUAAAUUAUCUUGUUUAUCUAUUUAAACAUCACCAAAUUAUUGCCGAGACUCCAUUACCAUAUCAUUGUAUUUGAUUCCUAAGAAUUUCAAGUCGUUUUAUUUAUUUUUUUGUAAUAUAUUGUAACUGAUUAGAGCCUUAUUCUUGUCCAUUUAUUUAGGGCUCUAAUAAAUAUAUUUAUGUAUUAGCUGUGUAGUUUAAGUCUGGCCAUAAUAUAUAUGUAAUAAUUGGAAAAUUGUAGAUGUGUAUAUAUAUAUAUAUAUAUAUCUGUAUGUAUGUAUGUAUUAUGUAGAUAAGCAUACUAGUUGAUUUAUAGGAAGAGUUAUAAAUUAUACCGUGCAGUCGUUGGCAGAAAUUAAAAUGGUAGAUUUAAUAUUGAAAUAAAGGAGUUAUUAAUCUAGAGAAAGUGCAGUAGAAAAAAUAUUUCAAAUUAUUGUUUAUUAUAAUAAUUAGUUCUUAGCUGUAAAAAAUCUACUUAAUACGUUGAAAACAUUAAAUAUACAUAUUCAGACAUGCCCGUUGAAAUAGGGCAAUAUAUAAAAGAAAUAUUAGGGUAAUUGUUAUAAAUGCUUUUUUCGACGCCCCAAACGCCAAAAAUGAAAUACAAACAUUAUGGUUUUAAUUAUCCUUAGGUGGUAGUACUAGUACAGUAAUAAGGAGCUCCGAAAAUAUUUAUUUCGAACGGUGACUCAUUGUGUUCGUUUUAUUCUUUUCCCACUCGUUCCUUUAGACUUUUUCAUUGUAUUACAACAUCAAAUUUGUUGCCAUUCGGAGGUUAUAUAAUAUUUACAUUGAAGCUGUAUUUCUUGUAUUGGUAUAUUCUGACAUAAUUUGUCGUUUGAGAGAUAUAUGUUGUGGGAAAAUCGCUCUAUAUGGUGAACUCUUUUGGCACGUCUCGAUGUGCAAUUUGUGAUAGACAAAGCACUUCUUUUAAUCGGGAAAUUAUAGCUUGAACGGGUUUAAACCCUACACCAAUUGUAUGAUAUAUUUUUUUAAAUAUGAUUUUGCUUCAAUGCGAAUACUAUUAGUUUUUUAGAUAUAAAACUUUAACGUGCGUGAUCAGAUUUCUCUCUAGUCAUAUUCCAUAUACGAAUCCAACAGGCAAUAUAUACUAGGAUGAAAGUCUUUGUAUAUACAAGGUUGAAUUUAACCAGAAAGGUAGGAUUAGGUUUUAAUGAAACAGUCCUUGAUUAAAAUUACCAAUUAUUUUUAUCUGACUGUUAUUUCAGAAUUAAGUUACAGUAUCCUUUGUGAAGUGCAUUUUACAGUCCGUAUUUUACUUUGUAGUGUAAAUGUGAGUCACAUAGAGCAACGUUAGAAUAUUUAACUGGCUUCUUGUUUAUGCGCCCCGACAUAGUAGCAAUGCUGUUUUUUGCCUCUAGGGCUUUGAAUACCAUGAAUUCAUUCUUUGUUGAUUGAUGAAAUUUAUUUACAGAUCUUCUUAAAUCUUUGCUGCCUAAAAGCUCAUCAAUUUUUUUCAUAUUUUAUAGAAAAUACUACAACUUAACUAGAAUUGGAAGUUUACGAAGAACUCUUAUCCCUCUAGUUAAAACUAAAUUGCAGUUUUCAAAAUUGUCGUAACUGCAGCUAGACAAAGAUAAUAUUCUGAACAAAUCUUUGUUAACUCGAUUUAGGGCAGAGGGUACAAAUGGAAGUUAAGAUGAAGUACUGAAUAAAUUGUCAAUCAACAAAGCUCAUAAUAAGAAGAGUUGGAUAGAGAGAAAUAGAAAAAGAUUUACGUUUGAAGAGAAGAAUUAAGAAUAGAAGGCUUAACACAUUAACGUUCUGUAUGUGGUACACUGUGACAUCUACUAAAAUAUAGUUUUCUUCUAAGUAUAUUUACUGACUAACUGGGUCUGCUGGCUAUGGAGAAUGUGAUCAUGAUCCAUCAACGUUACUAUCAUUCAACGUGUUAAGUAUAUUUUUUCUAAAUAUUGCAAGGUCCUUUCCAGCCAUAUAUUCAGUAUUACUUACUAUAUACAACUCUGCGAUUGCGUUUACCACAUAAUGAACCCAUUGAUGACCUUUCUCUCUUAUAAUAACUACUAUAUAAUAAUUAUUAAUUAGAUAUCAUUAGUUUGUAUGGAUUAUUUAUAAAAUUGAAGAGAAGACUAGUUCUGUGAUAUUUUUAUCUCUUUACUACAUUUAAGUACCUAUAUUUAUUUAUACCAGUGAGUAUUACUAAUGUUCAAUUCAAUUUUUACAGGAAAAAAAUCUAUUCCAUACUUUGGUAAGGCCUAAUAAAAAUAUUAUAUUAUAUUCCUGAUUGUAAAAAAUGUACUUUUGUAAUCUGCUAUGUGACAAAAUUUUUAUAAUCUGUUAGUAAAUUGAUGCGAGCUCUACGCUCGUAGAAUAACGUUAAUAUGUUUUUGUAAGAUUUUUUGUAGGCCAACUAGCGUUCUGUUAUUUACAGGGUUGUAUACAGGGUGUUCUUUCAAAAAUAUUCCUAAUUUUGUAUAUCUUAUACAACCCCUAGUUACCAAAGCAUAAUUUCUAUGCUGCAGAUUAUUUGUUUGAGAGUUUAUCUAUUUUUUUGUAUAUGUGUAAAUGUGAUUUUAUGCCGAAGCCCCAGCAAAGUCCAUAAAUGAUUUUAAUCGUGUUAUUCGUAGGCUAUACUUUUGUAAUCCGUUAAGCGAAGUGGAAAUCAGAGCGGUGGAAGAUACUGUACGGCGACGGUCACUAUGCGGACUAGACCUCGCAAACCAAUGCGUUUUUUCAGCGGUAAAUGUAGUCGUAUAAACCAUUUCAAAUUAAAGUAUGCAAUGAAUGCAGACGCUUUGCUUUUGGCUAUGUUAGCUGACGAAAUGCCAAGAUAAGUUUGAAAUUAGGUUCCUAUUUAUAAUGUUCCAAUUUAUAAUGUAAGAUUUAAGUAUAAUAAUAAUUUGGAUUAAAAAAAAAGGUGAGUUUUAUACAAUAUUUCCAAAACUAGGAGAGAACAGAGAGAUUUUUUUGUAUACUUUAAGGGCGGUCUAGACACAACGUCUUACCAAACGAUAAAACGUUCAUCCGAAUCGUUCGAUAAGAAGUACAAAAGAAGGGCGGCCACACGUAUCUAACUUAUCGGUCAAAUUUUAGUUUCGCGACGCUUUUGGUCAUGGAAGAAGCGCUUCUUUGGCCGCUCUAUGCUAUUUGCAUUGCAUUAAAAAGCACAAAUAAACGAAAAAAAUCGAAGAUUAAAAUGGUCGAGGGAAUGGCUGUUAAAAAAAACGGGCAUUUUCUCAUGUCAGAUUAUUACGUGAACUACUUAAAACCAGAUGAUUGGCGUAAUUACUCGAGGAUGGUACUGAAACUUACAACCAUUUUUUAAAAUCUGCUACUCCUUACAUUAAAACGCAAAACACAUACAUGAGAAAAGUCAUUUCAGCUCAUGAGAGACUUAUUGCCUCUUUAAGAUUUGCAACAGGAAGAAGCUACAAGAUUUGGAAGUCACCACCAUCAUGUCCAAGCAAUCACUGAGAGAAAUAAUACCGGAAGCUUGUGACGCUAUGUACAGGAUUUUAAAAAAAGACUACCUAAAGGUAAGUUUUAGAAAAUAUUUUUAUUAGAGAUGAACUAAAUAUUAUUGAAGAAGAAAAGUAAAAAAAUAAAAAACGUCUUCUAUAAUAAAUACAUAAAUAAACACUUCCUGUUAUUAAUUUAGUUUCUUAUUGUUAUUAUUUUGGUGAUACCACGUUUCUUAUUUCUUUAAACACUCUUAUUGGAUUUAAAAUAUAAAACAUACUGAACAAUAUUUUUGGGAUUAGAGUCUGUGUCCUUUUCUGAAAAUAGGGUUCGGUCGUCUGAUCUGUCUGGCCAAUCUCAAGUAGCGAGUGAUAAGGUUCUUCUUUGUUUGUUUGUUGUGAAAAUUUUGUACCUGAUGAAAAGAUGCCCCUUUAUGGUAUUUGCUACUGAUUAUGGAAUGAUGUGAAGUACGGAUUUUGUUCAAUAUUGGAAAAAGUAAAAUUUGUGUUAGCGGGUUCCACGCCGGAGGAGGAGGUAUUAUUUGUAGCUGUUGGGCAUGCUGUUUUUGGCCGAUUUCCAAUUUGGAUUACUCUUGAUGCCAGCCUUGACUUGGAAUUUGUCCAUUUGGUUCGAUAUUGGUGACGGUGUAUGGUAUAUUGAUGGUUAAAGUGUUGCUUUCUGAUUUCUCGUUGAGACUGUUGAGGAAGAGGGUGUUGGUCUUAGUUAUAAUUUUGGAACAUCUAUUUAAGGAUCAUAUGUCCGCCUUAAAUAAAACAUUAGAGAUAAGUUUCAUUGCAAACUUAAAUUGAUCAGGAUGGACUGCUCGAAGUCUAACAGCGAUAUAUUUUCCAAAUCGGCCAUGUCAAUCUUCCUGCAAUAAUUCCAAUUUACUUCAAUAAUUCCUUUGUAAUAAUUCCUUUUUAUAUGAUAUUUUAUACUCUGAUAUGCUAAGUCAAUCUGAAAGAAUAAAACAUUACAACUUUAUAAAAAAAAUAAAAAUACAACGUGAAGAAAAGGUAUAAAAAAUUAAGCAUAUUUGAUGCAAAUCAAAAUUCCAUUAACUAAUUUAAUAAUAAUAGUUCAAUUUUUUUACAUUUUUUUGCUAAAUUUAAUUAAAUGAUAAGAACUUGCAUUUAUUAGUUACCUACUUUAAAGGUAAGAGAGAGGUAAGUAAUGUAGUUUCUUUCUCUGUUUUAGUUUCCAAAGAACGAACAAGACUUGUUACAAAUAGCAGCCGACUUUGAAACAAAAUGGCAAAAAAAUCAUCAUUGGCAGUAUUGAUAGCAAGCAAAUCAGGAUUGUUCGACCCAAGGGAAGCUGAUAUUAUUAUUUUAACUACAAAAAGACGCAUAGCAUAGUUCUUUUGGCAAUAGCUAAUGCGAACUGUGAGUUUAUCUACUGCGAUGCUGGCACAAAUGGUAGGUUCUCUAAUGGUGGAGUAAUUGCUAAUAUCACAUUUUAUGAAAAACUAGUUAGUAUCCAGAAUCUAUGUUAAUUCUAAAGAAAUUCUUGAAUAUAUGUUUAUUGAUGAUGAGGCUUUUGCAAUGCGUCCAGAGCUUAUUAAGCCAUAUAGUAGGGAAACACUUAAUAGAGAUUGAAGAAUUUGUAACUAUCGGUUAUCCAGAGUCCGACGGACUAUUGAAAACAAUUUCGGAACUUUAGCGUCCCGUUUUCGAGUUAUCCACACUGCUAUAAAUUUGAAGAUAGAAAACAUUGACAAGGUUGUUUUAACAUAUUGCGCAUUACAUAAUUUUUUUCGCAAACAAUCUCCACAAAAUUACACACCUCCAAAAAGUAUGGAUAGAGAAAUUUUUCCUGUAGAUUAUUCUCUUGAGUUAGGAGACAGGUGUGAUCCUAAUUUAAUGCAUGACCUUCAAAGAGGAAGAAGAGGCCAAAUUUUAAAUAAUGCAAAAAUAGAGAAAAGUUUUGUGGCCAUUUUACCAAUGAGGCUCAGUCCCAUGGCAACAUAAUAUAGUUUUUCAGUAGUAGGUCAUAGUUUGUAGUACAUGUUAUAAAAAGAGAAUUGAAUGCUUAUAGAAUCUACUUAUAUUAUUAAAUAUACAUUACUUACCUCUUUUUCACUUUCCUGUUGUCCCUCAUCAUCGAUAGUAUUUGUCGAUUGUCUCAUUUGAUCUUGGUCACUCAGAAACUCAAGUAUAUCAAAGUAACAUAACGUCGGUUUGUAAAUAUCAUCUUCACCAGCAAUGAAUAUUAUCAAUUUCCUUGUAUUUUUCAAUCAUUAUUUCAUAUGCGUCUGACUUCUUAUUCCGACCACUAUAAUACUGGGCACUUUUAACUCGCCACAAACAAGGAAAAUCACGAUACAGUUUAAUCAAAUCCCUUAAAAAUUAUCGGAAACAAUGACGAAGAUCAGACAUAUUGCUUUUAAAUUUUUAAAAACAAAAUAUCUUUAAAUACGCAUACACGAAGCAACACAGUGCGAUAUAUACUACAAAAAUAUACUAAAACAAUUUUCGAUAAAACUAAAGUUUGUCCACACGCUUCAACUUUUCGAAUCAAUUUUCAUAAAAUGAUGCAUUCCACAUCAUAUUUUCGACUUAUGGGUACAACCUUAUUUCGAUCAUGCAAGACGUACUUUUUGUGUUCUACACGCGCCGUUUUACUUCAUGCGACUUGUCUGAUUCGAUAAAUUGUUUAAUAAGACGUUGUGUCUGGACGGCCUUUAAAGAUCGAUUAUUUGGAUGAAAUUUUGAGAAUUUAAAACCAAGGCAGAAUACUAAUAGAACUGAAUAAUUAGUAAGAUAUAAAAUAAAUAAAUAAUAAUAUUUAUGAAGAUUUAAUUAAGAUUUUAUAUUUCAAACAAAUACAAAAUUAAUUUUACUUCAGUCAAGUAUUACUAACUAUACUAAGUAUUGUAAGCAUGUUUUUAUAGAAUUGUAUUUAUUAUUAUUAUAUUUUUCUAUGUAGCAAUUUGCUAAAUAAAUAAACAUUAUUAUUAUUAUUAUUGUUAUUAUUAUUAAGCAUUUCCGGGGUAAGCGGGUAAAGCGGGCACGUUGAAUGGAACGCGCUUCGAUUUAAUUAAAGGCAUAUAUUAUCAUCUGUUCACCACCGCUCUGAUUCGCGCUUCGCUUUGGGUUUUAUAUAUUUAUUCGUUUGCGCAAAGUAAAAGACCGAUCUUUUCUAAUUAAUGACCUUAAGCUAUGGCAGAAUAAACCGUAUUCAAAUAAAUAAUGUAUGCAAUAGAUACGCGUCCAAGGACACCUGUUUAUUCUGCAUAGGAAAUUUAAUAUCUUAGAUAUAAAACUGAAGAAAUUUUUAUAACAGCUAUUAUAAAGCUGGUUUAAAGGGGCCACCUUUAGAUAAUUCUCUUCAUAGACAGUCCGUUCAAUUUAGAAAUUAUAUACCUUACAUUAAGGAUCUAGUACUAAAUCAAUUAAUCUUUUGUUUUCUUUUUACUGUACUAUUGUCAGUAAGACUAUUUCUUUGUUUUAGCCUGUUAGUAGUCUUAAAUAUAAUGCUAUUUCUAUGAAUGUUAAAUAUAUGGCAUGAAACGAGGAAGUAAAGUAAAGGCUCCACAGUAUUAAACUACCCUUUUUAAAAGUUAUUUUUCAUAUUUAUUUCUUCUUUUUAAUAUCAUUGAUCGGUCAAGUGAGUUAUAUGCUAUGAAUUGUUAUUUAGAUAUUUCGAUGGUCAAAUAUUUUAUAACGUCCUAUAUUAGGCCACUAAUUUUAAAAAAUAUAUAACGAAACAAAUCCGGAAUUUAAUAUUUGCCAAUUAAAAAAAAUUGUACCCUGAAUAUCAUCCUAUUAUUAUUUUUUAUUUUGACAAGAGUGUAAGCGACUUUAAAUGGGGUUAAAUAGAUUGGAUUAAAAUAAUAUACAUAUAUUGUGUUAUUUGUUAAAUGUUAACUAUAUUUUAGGACAAGUUAAUGGUUCCUGUGGCACGUCACAGGUAUUUUUGUUGGUUGUAUUAUUGUACUCUGUAUCAACUGUGCUAAUAUGUACUUAAUAAACAUGGUUGUGGAUACGUGUAA